AUGACCCGAAACUCUAUCGUGAUGGAGAAAUCGGUGGAACACUUUAAUGAGACGGUCGUUAUAAAGAUGACCCAUCCACGUCGUAUUCACAACCCUGGUGACAAGCGAUUCUUUGGCGGCAAUCCAAUACGUCCUCCGUACUUGACUGAAAGUGAGCGUCUACGAUUUAUUCGGGCGGCCUACCAACUAUGGAGUCUGAAUCUCCUUGAUUCUAAAUCACGGCAGCUGAAAAUAAGAACGCUCAAAUACAAAGACCUGUACACGCUCAUGGAUUUAGGGCGAUUCCAAUUCUGGGCAGAUGGGGUAUUGAUCCUUGACAAAGAAUGUAUGGAGAUUGAAAAGGUGGACCCGGGACGGUUCGAGCAUAUUAGUCUUUUCGACUUUUCUGAAGCCGACACACGCAUCCUUGCGGAAUUCUAUCAUGAGGGAAGAACCCGUGUCUUUUGGGAGAAAGAUUGUGGGUGGAUGGGCUGUGUUGCUAUCUGGGAGAAUUGGAUUGAGGAAUUUAAAGACUCGGUGGUGGAUGGAUUAAAGGGAGAUGAACUAAUUUCCGAGAUUUGGUAUGAAACUUCUGACGAAGAGUUGAUGGGUGAGUGA